AUGGACGAGUACGGCGCCGACGUCUUCGUCAACCGAGAUGAUCCAAUACCAACCGUGCGCCUAGAUGGGACCGCUUCGAGCUCUGGGUCCGCUUCCGCCUCUCAGGCGCCGACGAACCACGACUCGGAUCACUCAGAUGUAGAAUCGCCAGCGCCUAGGCGGCGCGGCAUCCGGGACCGCCUCUCGGCCUUCAGAGACAAGGCCUCCAUCCAGGACAAGCUGGUGGAGAAGCUCCUGACCCAGGUUCUUCAGGAUGACGGAAGCGAAGCACCUCCGGACGCGCCUCCCAAGGGCGGCGCAAGCGCUCCCGGCUCCUCAAAGCCCAACUUCAGCCUUCCCACCAUGUCAUACAACUUCCGCCGGUUCAACAGCCGCAUCGGCGUCGUCUUCGUCUUUCAGGCCCGCGCCAUCCGCCUGCUCUCAUGGAAGCACCCUACCCACACUCUGUCCUUCCUGGCUAUAUACACUUUCGUCUGUCUGGACCCGUAUCUCCUCCCGCUCUUGCCCUUGGCCAUCUUGCUCUUCGGCGUCAUGAUACCAAACUUUGUUGCCCGGCACCCGGCCGCACCGUUCAGUCUGUCUAGCGAGCAGGCCAUCGGCUACUCACCCCAUGGGCCACCUUUAGCGCCAGCAAGGACCGUGAAACCCGUCAAGGAGCUCAGCCAUGACUUCUUUCGCAAUAUGCGGGACCUUCAGAACUGCAUGGAGGAUUUCAGCCAGCUUCACGACGGUGUCGUAACACUCGUAGUUCCAAGAGUGAACUUCAGUAACGAGGCAUUGAGCAGUGCUAUAUUCGUAUUCGUGUUCAUCGGGUGCCUGUUCAUGAGCAUCGCUGCCAACAUAUUGCCUUGGCGGUUCAUUUUCUUGGUCGCAGGGUGGGCAGUGACCGUAAUGGGUCAUCCUUUGGUCCAGAAACAGAUCGAGGCCGCCAAUGAGACGCACAUGAAACAGAACGGAGAGAAGGCGCGGAGUUGGAUGGAAAAUUGGGUUGAGGGUGAUGUUAUACUUGACAGUGCACCCGAAACUCGUGAGGUAGAAAUAUUUGAGCUACAGCGGCUCUCGGAUCCCGAAGGUGAGUGGGAGCCGUGGAUGUUCAGCGCCUCGCCACACGAUCCCAUGUCAGCUGCGAGGAUAUCUGGCGACCGGCCAGUGGGAGCAAGGUUUUUCGAAGACGUACAACCACCUCAGGGCUGGGAAUGGAGCGAGAAGAAGUGGGCUCUAGAUCUUUGGAGCAGGGAGUGGGUGGAAGAUCGCAUCAUCACGGGGGUCGAGGUGGAGACCGAAGGUGAGAGAUGGGUCUACGACAUAUACUACGAGCCUGAGGACAAGGUGGGCGUAGUUGAGGAAAGUAAACAACAGACGCCUACAAAGGGCAAAACGAAGGCUUCACGUUCGAAGCCAAGUUGGGAGGAGGGCGAGGACUACGAAGGGAGGAGAGGAGAAUGGCGCCGGAGGCGAUGGGUGAGGCUGGUGAAAAGGAAGAACCUGGGCGCGACUCAAGAAUCAUGA